CCCGGAUCAUUUGACCUGCCCUCAGUCGCUCGUCGCCAUUGGUCAGUGGUGGAGGGGAUCUUUCCCAAUUCCGGCUCCGACAGAUCUGUCGUCGCCUUCUGCUUCCGCCGUUUCUUUUUCCCCAAUUCUCACCCACUCAGCCCUCAGGUGUUCUUAGUGCUAUUAUGGCAUUCACACGUGUCAUUGCUACUUUUUGUUGAUAGGUGAUUUCCACCUGGAAUUCGGUUUAUUCAUGCAGAUUAAAUUUGCAGUUACUUAGUGGACUUUCUGAUACAACAUUGUCCAUUGUAUCUGCAUUUUAUGGCAACUGAGGAUUUCAUUGCAUUGCCAGCUUCUGGUGAUUCUGGAAAUGAAAAUGAGAAUAAUGAAUUCCUUAGUUGUCACGAAACUAGAGAAGUUGAUUCUCAAUCAAGUGUUUUGAAGUGUAAGGAUGACGACGCAAGCAUAGAGAAGGCCGAACUUGCAGAUGAUGUGCAAUUUGACGAUAUGAGUUGCAUACCUCAAUCUGACCUUAAUGAUGAAGCACAGCCUUCUGAUUCAGAUAUGGAAAUUGAGGAUUUGAAUAACCUCCCAGAUUUUAACAAGUCUAGAAGUAGAAGUGAGAAUAAUGAAAUAUCGAAUGAAGCUGAUUACCUGCCCGUCAACUCUGCAGGUGAGAACAUACAACCAAGCAGAGAGCCCUUGCAGCAGAAUGAACUUCACAUGCGAUAUGAGAAUGUUUGUCAUGUUGCAAGUAAAAAUUUUGAAAUGGAUUUGGUCGACAAUUCAUCCUUCUUGAAAACUGGUGACCAGUUGACUGUAACUAACAAAGUUUCUAUUGAGUACAAUGGAUUCAACUCUGGAGUGCCCAUUGAGAAUGGUUCAGCUACAUCCAAUCAUGGAAACCUUAUUAAGGACCACAAGAGUGAUGCAAUAUCAGGUGUCAAAAGACCAAGGAUGGCCAUGGACGAGCAACAACCUUCAGUGCACGUUAUGUAUAGUUCUUUAACGAGAGCUAGCAAACAAAAGCUUGACGAACUAUUGAAGCAGUGGUCUGAGUGGCACGCUCAACAAGGUCCUCUGUCUCAAGAUGAUAAAGAAUCUGAAAAUCUAGAAUCUGGUGAAGAGACCUUCUUUCCUGCUCUAUGUAUUGGCACAAAGAAGAGCUCUGCAGUGACUUUCUGGAUUGACAAUCAAAGAAGAGAACAGCAGCAAAAUUUUAUUCCUUUAGAUGACAAUUCUGUGCCACGAUAUGAUCGGGGAUUCACUUUGGGACUGACUUCAGCCAAUGAUGCGAGUAAUGUGGAAGGAGGCCAGAAGAUAAUUGAUGAUGCUAGCCGCUGCUUCAAUUGUGGUUCUUACAAUCAUGCCUUAAGGGAUUGCUCUAAGCCUCGAGAUAAUGUUGCUGUUAAUAAUGCCCGCAAUCAGUACAAGUCUAAAAGACAUCAAAAUUCUGGCUCCCGCAAUUCAACUCGAUAUUAUCAGAACUCACGUGGUGGGAAGUAUGAUGAUUUGAGACCAGGAGCUCUUGAUGCUGAAACACGGCAACUGUUAGGUCUCAAGGAGCUUGAUCCACCCCCUUGGCUUAACAGAAUGCGAGAGCUGGGAUACCCACCGGGAUAUCUAGAUCCGGAUGAUGAGGAUCAGCCAUCAGGGAUAACAAUAUUUACUGAUGAGGAAGCCAAUGAACAGGAAGAUGGGGAAAUUACUGAGCCGGAGUACCGUAAACCACGGAGGAAAAAGAGUGUUGAAUUUCCUGGUAUAAAUGCUCCAAUCCCAGAAAAUGCAGAUGAAACACUUUGGGCUGCUGAACCUUCAAGUUCUGGUCUCCCUAGAAGUCGAUCACACCAGCGCUUGAACCAUCAUGCAGAAUAUGAUGGGAGGGGGAAUGAUCCUUACCAACGAUGGCCCCGGGAUUACAGAGAUGAUGGACCUCCUGGGGUUGACUCGGUAAAAAGUCCACCUAUGUCUUACACCCCAAGGUAUGGCAGUUAUGAUUUUAAUCAUGACUCCCAAAGUUCAAGAGUUAAUUCAUCAAUGUCAAGGAGCCCUAAUUUGGGGAGGCUCCACUCAGACAGAGGUAGAAGAAGCCCACAGCAUGAAGAUGAUUACUCAAGAUAUGGCUCUUACAGUAAUUCAUUGUUUUCACCACCAAGAAGACGCUGAUCUUUGGAUAUUAACAGCCUUGUACGAAUAAAGUAUCGGCUAUGAAGGAACUUCGACAAAAGUUCUUAAAAAUCUGGUGAAAAACAUUAACCUUGCAGAUGACUGAUGGGGCUUGAAUUUCAGAGAAUUGUGCGAGGAAAAACAAAACCUAGAGAUAGAGCCUGUAUAAAUAAUCAUAGUUUGGUGAAUCAGAAAUAGUAGUUGAUGAAUUUUCACCAUAUGUUGUAAGGGUUAUUCACUUAUAAAAGUCUUCAUUCUGUUUCAUGUUUGAAGUCUUUGAGCAGUAGGACUGCAACUGAGAGGUCAGUUGAUUCUAGGUUUUUCAGGAUAUUGACUGUAAGUUCUUCAGAUUAUGAGAUAUUGUCAUCAGAACGAAUCAUAUGAUUUUUAGUUCUGGGAAAAGACUGCCAUUUGUUUGUUUCACUGAGAAAACAAACAAUAGGGAUUUCUUAUAAUCCGAAGAAUAAUUGGUACUAUGAUUGAUAUGUCU